AUGGCGGCCGUCACGCUCAAUGGGACGACCUUGGCCUGCAUGCGCCAGCCGCCAAAGACGGAGCUAGACAACUCUAUGUUGUCAAGGGAGUUCCCCGCGCUGAUCAGAACGUCCCAAGAAGAGGCGGAUAGGCCUAUGCCGGGACCGUUGAAUGAUGGACGCGACCCCUCCAGGAACCUGCGACGCCCAUGGCUGCUACUGGGACCAGAACGGUAA